GCAAGCUGGACCUGGACGUUCAUAACUGUCAUCACUAAUAUUCAUAUUCUUUGCGAUACUUGAAUACGAGUCUGACUUUUCUAUUUUGAUUGAUAAAAAGAUUGGACAAACGGGGUUUACAGAAAAAAAAAAGGCAAAAAUCGGUGCCAAAGAGACUGUCUGUAUUGCCAUUUGCAAAUGCAGAAAAUGAUAAUACGUACAAAAUGCCAGGUCACGGACCCAUUACCAGUGGCUCUGGAUCAGUUAAGACCGUUUGGAAGCCAAAGAUCAGUAGGUUCCAGUCGCAAACUCUGACACACACAAAGACUUUCUUUCUCUCUCUAUGUCUCUCAAAAGAAUAGCCCGAUAUUUGUGUGAGUGUUGAUGAGUCAGCACUGAGAGAGCGAAGAGUUGAACUUGAAGGACUUUGAAGGGUUGUUGGCAAAGCUGCCUAAGUAGUUGUCUUCCUCUUCUUGAAACUUGGAUCUCCAUCUGGGAAAUUAAUAUUUUUCUAUCUAUUAUUACAGCAAUAUCUUUUGUCCCCAUACACAGAUUCCAUUCAAGAACUCAGUUUGUUCACAGAGCUAAUGGUAUUUACAUCUAUUUUUUCCUUAUAUACUAGGAAAGACUAGAGUGGCACAAAGCUGUACUCUUUAACGGUUACUUCUCUUUCUCUCUUUCUUCCAAAUUGCCCCUUUUUCUUCUUAGUCUUGGGGGUAUUCCAAAAUCACUCCAUUUCUCUCUCUCUCUCUCUCUCUCUCUCUCUCUCUCUUAAGCCUGGCCUAUUUCCCUUUGGUUAGUCCUAGAUUGGGGAUUUGAUUCAUUGGUGUAAAGAUGAAUGGGGCUGUGCUAGUGGCUGUAGCUGCUGCAAUUGGUAACUUUUUGCAAGGAUGGGAUAAUGCUACAAUUGCUGGGGCUAUUGUUUACAUAACGGACGACCUUGAUUUGCAAACUACCGUAGAAGGGCUUGUGGUGGCUAUGUCGCUCAUUGGAGCCACAGUUAUUACAACAUUCUCAGGACCCGUAUCUGAUUGGCUUGGUCGGCGUCCAAUGCUUAUAAUCUCAUCAGUGCUAUACUUUAUAAGUGGUUUGGUAAUGUUGUGGUCACCCAACGUCUAUGUCCUAUUACUAGCAAGGCUUUUAGAUGGAUUUGGAGUUGGUCUUGCAGUUACUCUUGCCCCGGUGUAUAUAUCUGAGACUGCCCCACCAGAGAUAAGGGGUCGGUUAAAUACUCUUCCACAAUUCACAGGUUCAGGUGGUAUGUUUUUAUCAUAUUGUAUGGUUUUUGGGAUGUCACUGACGACCUCACCCAGCUGGAGGAUGAUGCUUGGAAUUCUUUCCAUUCCCUCUUUCCUAUAUUUUGUACUAGCAGUAUUUUACUUGCCUGAAUCUCCUCGGUGGCUUGUGAGUAAAGGAAAGAUGACUCAGGCAGAAAAGGUUCUCCAGAGAUUGCGUGGCAGAGAAGAUGUUUCAGGUGAGAUGGCUUUGCUGGUUGAAGGUCUUGGACUUGGGGGUGAAACAUCUAUAGAAGAAUACAUAAUAGGCCCUGCUGAUGAACUUGCUGAUGGUCAGGAGCCAACUGCUGAUAAAGACACAGUCAGAUUAUACGGACCUGAAGAAGGCCUCCAAUGGGAUGCCAAACCUGUCACUGGACAGAGUUCACUUGGCCUUGCCUCCCGCCAGGGAAGCAUGGUGAACCAAAGUAUGCCACUUAUGGACCCUCUUGUGACUCUGUUUGGUAGUGUCCAUGAAAAUCUCCCUGAGUCAGGAAGUACGCGUAGCAUGCUUUUUCCUAAUUUUGGCAGCAUGUUCAGCACCACAGAGCCACCGGUUAAAACUGAUCGAUGGGAUGAAGAGAGCCAGCAUAGAGAAGGUGAGGAUUACAUGUCAGAGGCUGCUGGGGAAGACUCUGAUGACAAUCUACAUAGUCCGUUGAUCUCUCGCCAAACAACCAGCUUGGAAAAGGACAUGGUCGCCCCUCCUUCCCAUGGCAGUGUACUGAGCAUGAGGCACCACAGCAGUCUCAUGCAAGGAACAGGGGAAACAGUUAGUAGUACAGGUAUUGGUGGUGGCUGGCAGUUGGCAUGGCAAUGGACUGAGAGAGAAGGUGAGGAUGGAAAGAAGGAAGGAGGAUUUAAAAGGAUUUAUUUGCAUCAGGAGGGAGGUCCUGGAACCCGACGCGGGUCCCUUGUUUCACUUCCUGGCGGAGAUGUUCCAGCAGAAGGCGAGUAUAUCCAGGCUGCUGCUCUAGUAAGCCAGCCUGCUCUUUAUACCAAGGAGCUUAUGGAGCAGCAUCCAGUUGGACCAGCAAUGGUCCACCCAGCUGAAACUGCUUCAAAAGGACCAAUUUGGGCUGCUCUUCGUCAACCAGGGGUUAAGCGUGCAUUGUUUGUCGGAAUUGGAAUUCAGUUACUUCAGCAGUUUUCUGGAAUAAAUGGGGUUCUCUACUACACUCCUCAAAUUCUAGAAGAUGCAGGUGUCGAAGUACUUCUUGCAGACUUGGGCCUUACUUCAGAGUCUGCAUCGUUCCUUAUUAGUGCAUUCACAACCUUGUUGAUGCUUCCUUGUAUUGUUUUAGCCAUGAGGCUCAUGGAUUCUACUGGCAGAAGGAAGCUAUUACUCACUACAAUUCCAGUGCUGAUAGUUUCGCUCAUCAUUCUAGUAUUUUCCCAACUUGUCACAAUAAGCACUGUUGUUAAUGCAGCACUCUCAACCGCUUGUGUUGUGAUCUAUUUCUGCGUCUUUGUCACAGCCUAUGGGCCAAUUCCUAAUAUACUCUGCUCUGAGAUCUUCCCUACAAGAGUUCGAGGCCUCUGCAUUGCUAUUUGUGCCCUGGUGUACUGGAUUUCAGACAUCAUAGUCACUUACACAUUGCCAGUACUGCUUGAAGUAAUUGGCCUUGGUGGUAUCUUUGGCAUUUACGCUGUUGUGUGUGUCAUCUCCUGGAUAUUCAUCUAUUUAAAGGUUCCAGAAACAAAAGGCAUGCCCCUCGAGGUCAUUACUGAGAUGUUUGCUGUUGGUGCUAGCCAAGCUGCUGCUGCGAAGAGCAAGUGAUUGAUUUCUUUCAACAGAUUUAGCCACUUUUUGGCUGUAUCAGCUGCCGAAGAUGUCAUCAAUCUUCCAUUUGGAAAUUUUUGCUUCUUGUGGUUGCAUUAUGAAUGAAAGUAUUCUUCUGAUUCAAACUCGUUGAAAAAAUUUUGCCUUAUAGUAUGAUUAUUUAUUGGAGACUUCUAAUAAAGAGCAUAGCUGAUAUAGUUUGAUGUC